UGUAAUCAAUAACAAACGACGAAAACACACGACCACUAAGGCGACACUUUAUACUAGCCAUCACACAGCACAAGUCGCUGCAGCACACUACACUACACUACGCUAUACUUUACUACACUUCACUACAUCACACUACAGUGUGCACUAUGUCCCCAGUAUUACUAAACUGUACUGUACAGUACUGUGGCAAUUACACGACGCAAGUCAAUGAGGGGUGACUGUACGAUAUAUGUAAAUAUAUAUAUAUGUAUAUAUAUGGUUGUUGAGCUUGCUAGAAAGACCAGCCAAAUCUCCCUCAAAUGUCAUACCCUACCUUCUGAAGUACGAACACAUUGGAUAAGAUUAUGUAGCCCUUGAAAGACACGCGUGUACACAAACACACACACACAUACAUACAUACAUACAUAUAUAUAUAUAUACAUACACACUCACGCUCACACGCACACACACACAUAUAUAUACAUAUAUACAUACACAUAUAUGUAUAUAUAUGUAAACAUUUAAUAUAAACUGUAUUUAAAUUCGCGCUAGAGAGAGAGAGAGUAUGUUUGUAUAUAUGCUUAUAUAUGUAUUAAAGAUGGUGUAGUCGUGGCUGGAACGCCUUGAUCAUAAAGUUACUUCUCUGGAGGUUGACCCAGGGCCAAACAGCAACAACAAAGUGCACACACACCACAGUAUAACAGUCACAUUUAUAAAUACACACACACAUACACACACAUAAACAGUACAUUGCCCGAUUGUAGUAGUAGUAGUAGUAGUAGUAGUAGUAGUAGUAGUAGUAGUUCCAACUGCUGCUGCUACUUGAUUUUGUUGUUGCCAUUUGCUGUUAGCGUUGUUGUCACAUUUGUUGUUCUAGUAGUAGUAGUAGUAGUAGUAGUAGUAGUAGUAGUAGUAGUAGUAGUAGUAGUAGUGGUGGUGGUGGUGGAGGUGGCGGUAUAAGUGGCGGUAGUGGUGGUGUUAGUGUUGCUGACGGAGGUGGCGGCGGCGGCAGCGGUGUCGGUGGUGGUAGUGGUGGUGGUGGGAGUUGGUGUCGUCGCUGUUUGAUAAGCAUCAACGUGGGAGAUUCGAUUACGGCGACUAUUUUAACUGAAGAAGAAGAAGAGUGACAAAAACAACAACAACAACAAAGGAAGUUACGGGAGGAAACUAAUACACGGAAGGAGAAAAGAUAAGAGGAAGAAAAAUUAUUGAAAGAAAUAAAGAAGAAAACAUGGACUAAGCUACGUUUAAAACGUAUUUAAAGAAGAAUGUGUUUAUCUGAGAGGAAACGGAUCCUGCAAAUUCUUGUGGAGGCCUUAAGUUUUGUGCAAUUUAUUGAUCGACAAUAGAUUGGUAUCGCCCUCAAAAUGAUGAACUCUGCUGCAUAUGAUAGCAUAACAUAUAUAUUAGGAAGAAAACUGGAUCAAAAACGGAGCCUUGUACUACACAAUUAAUAUGGUUUUCCUUUGAAUCAAUACUUUGUGGAGAGGCCAGUUGAGAACGAAAUGACAGUUGUUUGAACAUGACAGAACUUAUCUCACUUCACUCAUUUGCUGAUGGAGGGUAACGUAGUAUUUCUGUUGGUGUGUAGCAUCUUCUCUGGCAUUAUUUUUGCCGUCGGAUGCAUAGCAUCGGUCAUCAAGGCUGUUCGGGACCGACGACAGAUCUUGAGAAGAAGAAAUGAACGCAACCAAGUUGGGAUGCGAGAUGUGGAGUGUGUUGACAACCUGUCGGACGAAAUUAAAAAAGACUUCACAUCAAGUGGAGUCUCUGAUAAGAAUAGUUCUGAUCCUACAAUAAACUCGGAUGCGGCGGCAAAGACCUUAAGGAGCGCCGAUGCUUUACAGAGUCCAGCCAGUGAGAAAAUAGAAAUGGUAAAGUGCAUGAAAGGAUCCUUUGCAAAAAAAUCCCCAGAUGAACUACCUGGAAAUGCUAUCCAGCUUUCUGUGAUCGAUCGUAAAUAUGCUGUUUAUAGCAAACCAGAAAAUGGUUAUAUAAACCGCCAACGUCUUGACAACCAUAUGACCGAGAAUGGAAACAAUUCUAACUCUGUUCCAGUUGGUAACACAUGGAAAACAAUUAGCGGCAAUAAUAUUGUUCAUAAAAAUAGACAUUCCACUAGUGGAACUCUGUUGGUGAAAACGCAUCCAACUUUUUUGAGGACCAAAUCCUACCAAUCUGCUAUGAAAACUAAUAUUUAUGCUGAAGUACCAUCGCCAAGCAAAAGUGAUUUUGAGUUUUCGUCCAGCGAAAGUAUCAUAAAAUGUUACCAGUAUAAUGAAAGACGUCCGGGACUUGAAAACAACGCUUACAAUGACGAGGAUUCACAAUUAAGAUACUUAUAAUUAACAGCACACUUCUAAUUAUUAUUUGUACUGCUAAGUAACAUACUUUUUCUUAUGUUAUUUCAAAUUAAGAUACUUCAAGUUCAGGAUAUUUUUAUUUUAACAUAUUUCUUUGUUAAAACACUAAGUGUAAUGCCAGAAAUGUUCCCUCCAUUUUCUCCCUUCUUUUUUUUUUUUCAAUAAAUAUCAAUGUUUAAGUACCAGUCCCAUACUGGGGUUGACUUAAUUGACCACACCCCUCAUCCACAAUUUAUGGCUAUGUACCAAAGUUAGAAAAUAUUAUUAUUAUUAUCAUUGGCAAGCUGGCAGAAUCAUUAGCACACCAGGAAAGAUGCUUCACAGCAUUUCAUCCAUCUCUGUGUUCUGCGUUCAAAUUCUGCCAAGGUUGAUUUUACCUUUAAUCCUUUUGAGGUCAGGAGUCGAUGUAAUCAACUAGUCCCCAUCCCCCAAAUUUCAGGUCUUGUGCUAAAGUUAGAAAUUAUUAUCAUUAUUAUUAUUAUUAUUAUUAUUAUUAUUAUUAUUAUUAUUAUUAUUAUUAUUAUUAUUACUAUUCUGCUUGUCACAAUAUUCCAUUGGUUAGGCUUUAAAUAUGCUUAACUAUGGAAUAAAGCCAGAGACAUAAUCAAAACCUUCAACAUUAUGUAUCAACCUUAAGAAGAUCUACAUGAAUUUAUACAUUAAAUUAUAAAACUGAAAAUUUAUAACACGCAGAAUUUCCAUAGAUCCUACAUAGCUAUUAAUCAGUAUAACAACCCUCUCAAGUUUGUAUUGCAUAUUCUUCUGGGGUUGAAAAAUUAGAGUACCAGUCGAGUAUACCGUGGUCAAUCAAAUAAUCAAUUCACCCCUUCCUAAGAUAACAGUAUGUUAAAAACUGACCAUAAGAUCCCUCCAUUUUCUCUUUCUUUAGUCUACAUAUUCUUUUUUACAUUUUUUUUUUUUUGUUUUGUUCAUAAAAUAUCAAUGUUUAAAUAUCAGCCAUAUACUGAGUUCACCUAAACCAUGUGUAGUACUUGACUCAUCCGCAAUUUAUGGCCUUAUGUCUAUGUUAGAAAUGUUUAUUAUUAUUAUUAUUAUUAUUAUUAUUAUUAUUAUUAUUAUUAUUAUUAUGAGUAAUAAGGCAGCAAGCUUGGCAGAAUCAUUUGUAUGUCGGGUAAUAUGCUUAGUGGUAUUUUGCCUGUCGUUACAUUCUGAGUUCAAAUUCCGCUGAGGCUUACUUUGCCUUUCAUCCUUUCGGAGAUGAUAAUUUAAAACUACCAGUUAAACGCUGGGGUUGAUAUAAUCAACUAGUUCCUUCCCCACAAAUUUCUUGUGCCUACAAUAGAAAGGAUUAUUAUUAUUAUUAUUAUUAUUAUUAUUAUUAUUAUUAUUAUUAUUAUUAUCAUCAUCAUCAUCAUCAUUAUUAUCAUUAUUAUUAUUAUUAUUAUUAUUAUUAUUAUUAUUAUUACUAGUAAUAAUAAUAAUGAUAAUAAUAAUAAUAAUAAUAAUAAUAAUAAUAAUAAUAAUAAUAAGGCAAAUGAGCUGGUAGAAUCAUUAGCACGCUGGACAAAAUGCUUAGUGGUAUUUUGCCCAUUGCUACAUUCUGAGUUCAAAUUCUGCCGAUGUCAACUUUGCCUUUCAUCCUUUCGGGGUCAACAAAUUAAGUAGCAGUGAAACACUAGGGUCAAGGAAACUGACUUAUUCCCUCCCUCCAAAUUACUGCCCAUGUGGCAAAAUUUGAAAUAGUUAUUAUUAUUAUUAUUGUUGAUAUUAUCACUAUUAUUAUUAUUAUUAUUGUUAUUAUUAUUGUUUUUAUUAUUAUUAAUAGUAGUAGUAAUCAUAACAUUAUAUGAAGAGCAGGAGGGUAUUGGUAAGAAAUGGUAAAGGUUAGACUAAAAGAUUCAAUAUAUAUAUAUAUAUAUAUAUAUAUAUAUAUAUAUAUAUAUACUCAUUUUUUUCCUUUUUUUUUUGUGCAUUCUGAUUUGAAAGAAAUCUCGCCUGAGUCAACUUUGCAUUCAUCUCUCGGAGGUCGAUGGAGAAACAAAAAAGUACCUGUAAGAUACUGGAGGUGGAUUUGGUGGACAGCAUUUUUAAAUAUAUGUGUGAUCCUAUGUAUGUAAUUUGGCAAUGUAAAAGUGGGAAAUUAGAAAUAUUAUUGCUAAGAUAUUUACUAAGAUAGCAAACUGGCAGAGCAUUAGCACACUGGACAAAAUGCUUUCUGGCAUUUCUUUUGGCUUGAGGUCCUGAGUUCAAAUCCUGCUGAAAUCAAUUUUGCCUUUCAUGCUUUCAGGGGUUUUGAAAUAAGCACCAGACUAGCACCUUCCCCACAAAAGUUUAGACCCUGUGCCUACAGUAGAAAAAAUUAUUAUUAUUAUUAUUAUUAUUAUUAUUAUUAUUAUCGUUAUUAUCAUUAUUAUUAUUUUAUGUUUGACUUUUGUUUUGCAUUUGUACAAGUUGGAUCCAAGUCUCACCCAGAGACCUCAAGAGACAACAAGUUAGAAGUUCAUGUAGGUGUUAUGCCUAGGGUACCAUAUAUUUGGACUUGUACAGUUUUGUUCAAGUGAAUGUUUAAGAAACCAUAAGAAAAUUAUGUUUGCUUUAAAAUUUGAGAUCACAUAGACAGUAUUUUACGUAGGAUAUGGGCAGUUCCCAUGAGCACUAUCUUUUGGACUUCAGCCAUUUUGGGGUUUCCUGGUAUCUGAGCUAGGUAGUAAUCAGCCCGUUUCGCUGUCAUUCCCAGGGCACCUAUGACAAUAGGUAUUGUUUUAUUAUUAUUAUUAUUAUUAUUAUAAUUAUUUUUAUUAUUAUUAUUAUUAUUAUUAUUAUUAUUAUUAUUAUUAUUAUUAUUAUUAUUACCUAAGGUGGCUUAGCAGUAUUUCGCCCGUCACUACGUUCUGAGUUCAAAUUCCGUCGAGGUCAACUUUGCCUUUAAUCCUUUCCACCAAAAUUUCAGGCCUCAAGCUUUUAGUAGAAAGGAUUAUUAUUAUUGUUAUUAUUAUUAUUAUUAUUAUUAUUAUUAUUAUUAUUAUUAAGAAAAUCAAUAAAGUGGUGCACUGGCAGAAUCGUUAGCAUGCUGGGCAAAAAGCAUUUUAUCUGUCUUUAUUCUCUGAGUUCAAAUUCCACCGAGGUUGACUUUGCCUGUCAUUCUUUCAGGGUUGCUGAAAUAAGUACAAGUUGAGCACUGGGGUCAAUGUAAUGGACUAACAACUUACCCCACAAAAGUUUAGACCUUGUGCCUACAGUAGAAAGAAUUAUUAUUAUAAUUAUCAUUAUCAUUAUUGUUAUUAUUAUUAUUAUUAUUAUUAUAAGUAUUAUUAUUAUUAUUAUUAUUAUUAUUAUUAAUGAUAAGGCAAUGAGCUGACAAAAUCGUUAGCAAAAUUGGGCAAAAUGCUUAAUGGUAUUUCAUCUGCUGCUACGUCCUGAGUUUAUAUUCUGCCGAGGUCAUCUUUUUUUUCAUCCUUUUGGGAUUAACAAAUUAAAUAUCAUUUACACACUGUGUAAUUGAUGCAAUCAACUAGCGCCCCUCCCCACAAAUUUCUGGCCUUGUACUUUCAGUAGAA